CUCGACAUUCGUGUUCGACUCAACGAACGUGUUCGACUCAACGAUCAUGUUCGACUCGACGAUCGUGUUCGACUCGACGAACGUGUUCGACACGACAAUCGUGCUCGACUUGACGAUCGUGUUCGACUCGACGAUCGUGUCCGGCUCGACGAUCGUGUUCGACUCGACAAACGUGUUCGACUCGACGUGUUCGACUCGACGUGUUCGACUCGACGUGUUCGACUCGACAGGGCACUCGACGAACGUGUUCGACGCGACAAACGUGUUCGACUCGACAAACGCAGUCGACGAUCGUGUUCCACUCGACGGUCGUGUUCGACUCGACGAUCGUGUCCGACUCGACGGUCGUGUUCGACUCGACGAACGUGUUCGACUCGACGAUCGUGUUCGACUCGACGUGUUUGACGAACGUGUUCGACUCGACAGGGCACUCGACGAACGUGUUCGACGCGACGAACGUGUUCGACUCGACAAACGCAGUCGACGAUCGUGUUCGACUCGACGAUCGUGUCCGACUCGACGAUCCUGUUCGACUCGACGAACGUGUUCGACUCGACGAUCGUGUUCGACUCGACGUGUUCGACUCGACAGGGCACUCGACGAACGUGUUCGACUCGACAGGGCACUCGACGAACGUGUUGACUCGACAAACGCAGUCGACGAUUGUGUUCGACUCGACGGUCGUGUUCUACUCGACGAACGUGUUCGACUCGACGAUCGUGUCCGACUCGACGAUCGUGUUCGACUCGACGAUCGUCUUCGACUCGACGAACGUGUUCGACUCGACGAUCGUGUUCGACUGUCGUGUUCGACUCGACAAACGCAAUCGACGAUCAUAUUCGACUCGAUGAUUGGGCAGUGUCGUGUUCGACUCGACUAUCGUGUUCGAAUCGACGAUCGGGCAGUGUCGUGUUCGACUCGGCUAUCGUGUUCGACUCGACGAUCGGGCAGUGUCGUGUUCGGCUCGACUAUCCUGCUCGACUCGACGAUUGGGCAGUAUCGUGUUCGACUUGACGGUUGUGUUCAGGUCGACUAUUGUGUUCGACUCGACGAUCGGGCAGUGUCGUGUUCGACUCGAUGAGCGCGUUCGACUCAACUGUCGUGUUCGACUCGACAAUCAGACAUCGGGCACGACCGUGUACGUGUCGGGCACUG